UUUGAAGAAAUAAUGAAUUAAAACUGAUAGUUUGAAUAGUGAGGCUUCCAAAUUAAAACAAUGCAUGUAACAAUAAUCCACAAAACGUUACAAAACAAAUCAAUCGAUUUCACUUUCCGAUUUUUUGACUUUGUUUAUGCUGAACUAUGAUUGGUGAGUCGUUGUCCCUUUCUUAUCUAGACCAAUCAGAGAUCGGCUCUUUUUGACAGUUAAGAGAAAACAAAAAUAAAAAAUACCUACUACAAUGUCUACAAUUUUCUUCAUGUGAGCUACUCUGCCCCGUUCGAUUUCUUGGAUUAUUAACGAAAUUGAUCGCGUUUUCUUCUAAAACAAUUAAUUCAGAGACUUCGUUCUAUAUAUGGUGCAUCGUAAUCGUCAGAUCGUGGUGAACGUGACAUAUUGGCGACGAAUUAUGUUGAAAAACAAGUGUGACGUCACAAUUUUUAUCAGCUGAGGAGUCGGGUAGUGCAAGGAAAGGUCGGAACAAAACAAACAAUAUGGGAGGCGCCGUGAGCUCGGGCAGGGAUAACAGCGAGUUGAUCGACAACCUAGUGAGCAGCAACUACAUCCGAUCACGGGAUGUGGAGCGAGUGUUCAGGGCGCUGGACCGCGCGGAUUACAUGACGCGGGAUGCACGGGACCAGGCCUACAAAGACCUGGCGUGGCGGCACGGCCCGCUGCACCUCUCCGCGCCCUGCAUCUACAGUGAAGUGAUGGAAGGCCUGGAGCUGUGCCCGGGGCUGUCGUUCCUGAAUGUGGGCUCGGGUACAGGCUACCUCAGCACUCUGGUGGGGUUGAUCUUGGGCUCCAGCGGCAUCAGCCAUGGGGUGGAAGUGCAUCCCACGGUGGUUGAAUAUGCUAAUAAAAGGCUCGGACAGUUUAUAGAAAACUCUCCAGUACUGGAUGAAUUUGAUUUUUGUGAACCUAAAUAUUAUCAGGGCAAUGGACUGUGCAUAGCACCAUUGGGAGCACCCUAUGACCGUGUCUACUGUGGUGCCGGCUGCCCAGAGGAGUACGAGAAUUACUUCAAACAACUCAUCAAGGUGGGUGGUAUCCUAGUGAUGCCGCUGAACGACAACCUUGUCCAGGUGAAGAGGGUCGGCGAGUCCGAGUGGACAUCGCGCAGCGUCCUCAACGUUUCGUUCGCGACGCUGCGCGUGCCCACCAAGGAGGAGGCGGGGGAUCUUAUUAGAAUGGAAGAACAGUGCCCAGCGCGUCUCCAAACCCUGUGCCGCGGCAUGGUCCGCGCGGCGCUGCGCGGCGGCGUGUGGCGGCGCCACCCCGAGCUGCGCGCGCCGCCGCCGCGCCCGCCGCCCGCCAAGAAGCCGUGCCCGAGGCGGAUCUGUAUACCUAUUGAGGAUGAAAGUGAUGUUGAGGGCCUAAACGCACUACACGACCUGGACCGCAACGGCGGCGCGGGCGAGAUGAACGCAUUGCUGUCCCUAGUGCUGAGCAUGGGCCCGUCCCGUGUGGCCGGUGCCUUACGGUUCGACGCGCCGUCCGACGACACGUCGGACGACAACCCUGAUGACUCCACUGACCAACGAGGGGACGACGCCAGCCCGCCCCGCUCCCCCCCCUCGCCGGGCGGGGGCGGGGGCGGCAGGGGGCGGGGCCGCCCCUGCCGCGGCAUGCUCACCUUCGAGCUCCGGGACGAGGAGCGGCCGAGGGCUCCGGCUGAUGACGCCGCCCCUGAACCGGCUUCAGAACCAGUCCCAUCAGCCAGCAGAACACAGCCCUCAGCAGACACAGCUGACAAAACACUCGACAAAGACAGCACGCCCGAACGCGACACGAGAAGCGAUGGCGACACGGACAGGACGCGCGACACGAGAAGCGAUGGCGACAUGGACAGGACGCGCGACACGACAAGCGAUGGCGACAUAGACAGGACGCGCGACAGGAGCCAGACGCGCGACAGUAGGACUGAGAGGAGGGACAGGCGCAGGCGGCGCAGGGACGGACACAGCGAGGAUGAGCAGGAUGAAAUGCCCGCUGAGGUCGAGAUAUACUUGGGAAAGAUGGGUGGUGGUGAAGCCACGACGUCCCGGGAGAUGGACUGGGACGCGGACGAGGAGGAAGUCGAGGACGACGAACCGGAGGAGGACACCGAGACCGAGCAGGCGAGCCUCGAGGCCGACGGCGAGGCCGAGGCCGGCUCGUCGGCCAGCGCCGACAAGCCGCCGAGGCAGAAGCUAGACAGCGUGAUACACACCGAGACCGAGCAAGCGAGCCUCGAGGCCGACGGCGAGGCCGAGGCCGGCUCGUCGGCCAGCGCCGACAAGCCGCCGAGGCAGAAGCUAGACAGCGUGAUACACACCGAGACCGAGCAAGCGAGCCUCGAGGCCGACGGCGAGGCCGAGGCCGGCUCGUCGGCCAGCGCCGACAAGCCGCCGAGGCAGAAGCUAGACAGCGUGAUACACACCGAGACCGAGCAAGCGAGCCUCGAGGCCGACGGCGAGGCCGAGGCCGGCUCGUCGGCCAGCGCCGACAAGCCGCCGAGGCAGAAGCUAGACAGUGGUAUAGGUGAAAUGACGCCCUCAGCGGAUUCCUCCCCGAUCAGCACGGGCUACGAGGCCGGCAGCCCGCGCCGCUCCGGUCAGGACUCCGAUACCGGCUCCAGGACCGCAGGCCGCCGCCGCCGCCAAAAGCGGCACUUCACCCGGCGCUCCUCGGGCUCCGGAGACUCCGGCACGUCGGACUCCUCCGCCGGCCGCCGCCACAAGCGCCGCGCCUCCGACGGAGGCGACGCCAGGCGAGUACGACUCUCUAUACUCAUGAAGAGGAGCGUCAAAGAGUUACCGCUGCCGUAUGCGCUUAAAAAGUAUGUCAAUCUUGGGCGUUGCUUCGAAUUUUAGGUCUAUUUACUGGAAACA